AUGUCGGUCGAGGCAUCUGCAAGCGAGCCAGGCGAGGAGUUGCUGUGUAUAGCUGAAAUCCACCGUGUUUGGUCUUUUACUUCUGGUCAUUCUUCAACUGGAGGGAGAUGCCGCGCCCGCUGGGAGAAUCAUAUCUACCAUUAUCAGGUGCCGGCAUCGAGCGCUCAACCUUGGAACCCCUCAUCGGGAGGCAGAUGGAGCUACUCUGACCACAUUGCUUUACAACUUGCAUCUGACGAGCCCGUACCGUGGCAUUGCUUUGAGCGGUGCUUUAAUUGGCGCUCGGAGAAGAACCAUACGCGCCAAAUCACAUCCGGCGAUUACGAAGAUCAUAUCUUUUUUAGGUCAGAAACGGUCGCGCAUGCCACGGAUGACAUGAUCACGCCGACCAUGGACGGUAUGAAUAGCCACUACGAGGAGGUUGCCGAACUCCAAAUGCAGGCGGCCGCGGAUAUCCUCGAAAAUGAAAGGGCGAAGAUGGAAGCGGCGAGGCGGAGGCGGGCAGAGGAUCCGCUUCAGGCACGGCGACCAAGACAAAUGAUCGCGGUAUUCGGGACGGCGACGCCAGUCGAGUCUCGGAAUGUCAACGCGGAGGCGGAGGCAGAGCCAGCUCGGAGCGCUAUAUCCGCCACGGUCCACCAAGCGAUCAAGCAGGAAAUCGGAUCGGAUGAUCAGCGGCAAGCCGGUUUGUCCUCGGCGGCAGCCGCUGUCACGGACAUCCCGGUACUGCAGAUCAAGCAGAUCAAGCAGGAGGAAGGAUCGGAAGGGGCACCGGUCCAAAACGGGGGACGCCUCCAGGCCGGUCCUCCUUCGGCGCCAGCGGCAGGCACAGGCAACGGCGCAGAGCACGCAGUCAGUCAGAGGCCGGCGCCUGAGGUCACCGAGAUCGAGCGUGCGGUGUUCAGGCCGGGACGCGAAAUUCCAGCGCCCGAUGUAUUUGGUUUCGUACCUCGGAAAACGGACGAGGGAGAGUGUGACGUGGAGGCCAUUUUGGACUCGCGGUGGGAGGGCGAGGGUUGGGAUCGGCGGUUGCAGUAUCUGGUGCUUUGGGCAAAACAUGAGGGCACAGGGGGGGCGGAACAAUGGGUAGAUUCAGCGGAUGCGACCGGGGCACGACCCAUGAUUGCAAGGUUCCAUGCGGAGCGUCCGCACAAGCCGAGACCCGAGGAACAUGCGGGAGGGGAACAGGACGAGGGAGGGGAAGAGCGUGAGCAGCCGCCGAGGAAGAAGACCAAGAAGAAGAAAGCGGGCAGACGAUAA